GGACGUCUUGUGUUUUUUACCGAAGUGGCUCUGUAGUGUUUAAACAUUUCUUCAUGUUUUUUUUAAAUUUGUAAUUUUUAAAAUUUAAGAUUGAAUUUAAACAUCGUAGAAAUGAUAUGGAUUUAUCAAAUAAUUACUGUGCUAUAUUUUAUUACUUUUGUUUUGGGUAUAUCCUACGACCCUUAUAAAAUACUAGGUGUAUUUAGAACUGCAACAAUUCCCGAAAUCAAAAGAGCAUAUAAACAGCUUGCUAAAGAAUGGCAUCCUGACAAAAAUGAUGAUCCUUCUGCUCCUGACAAGUUCAUGGAGAUUACACAGGCCUAUGAACUUCUUACGGACCCUGAUAGGAAAAAGAAAUAUGACAAAUACGGGCGAGUAAAUGAUGAACCACGUCCUCGGGCUGACUUUGAGAAGAAGCACUAUGAAACAUUUGAUGAAGUUUUGGGCGCUUUUCGUUUUAAGUUCAAUGAUAGAGAUAUUACUAUAUUUCACAAACUCACUGUUUCAUCAAGAGCAUAUGAGAAUGUGUUAAUCCCUAAAAGUUUUCGAAAACCUUAUUUAGUGUUAUUCUACUCUGAUUGGUGUUUUGCCUGUUUGCAAGUUGAGCCGGUUUGGAGGAGGAUAAUGGAAGAACUUGAUCCCAUUGGUGUUGGACUGGCUACCAUUCAUGCCGAAAAUGAGAAACCACUUGCAAGGAGAGUUGGAGUCUCUUCUUUACCUUAUCUCAUGCUUCUUUCUGAUGGCAGGCUCAGCAGUUAUAGGGAAUCAUUGUAUAGUGUUCAAAAGAUAGUCGAAUUUGUGCGUUAUAGAAUGCCUUAUAGAUUGGUACCUGUAAUAACGGAUGACGGUUUAGAUUCAUUUCUAAAUGGUUGGAAUGAUAAUAAAGUGAGGGCUCUUGUUUUUCAAAGAACAGAAUCUUUAAGGCUUAGGUACCUCACUACAGCUUUCUACCACAGGGAAAGAGUUGCAUUUGGAUUUGUUCCACCUGGAAUAAAAACGGAGGGUAUAAGGAGCAAAUAUCAAGUGUCUAGUGAACAAGAUGCUUUACUGGUGUUUAACGAAAAUACCGAGAGGCCUGUAGCGUCAGUCAGUAUGUCCGAUAUUCCAGUACCCACUAUGCACGAUGUUAUCAAGAGUAACAACUAUCUACUUUUACCAAGAUUAUCUUCUCAGACAUUAUUGGAUGAUCUAUGUCCAAGUGGUCUGCCUUGGUCACGUAGAAAACUGUGUGUUGUUCUGGUUUGUGGUGAAACAUCCUCUCAUGAACCUCAUAGGCAAUCCUUGCGGAGGUUCGCUCUUGAAUCUCGUUACUCCAAAGAAAGAGUGAGAUUCAUGUAUGUCUACCAAGAGAGGCAACCACAUUUUAUAUCAGCCCUCACAUCAGGUAAAGACAGUCCCACAGAACCGUUACUGCAUGUUGCAAUUCUUUGUCGAAGAGAUGUGUCCCAUGUUAAGUAUGAGUGGAUUGCUGGUGAUGAAACUUGGCAGAGUUACAAUAGCACAAAGCAUCACUUGGAACUGGCUAUAGACAGGGUUCUCCACACCUCACAGGCAUUGCCCAAUGAAGCAGUAAUCGGAGAACUUAUCGAUGAGCAGACUCAAGGUAUUGUCGCUCGUGUGAUUACAAAAAUACUUCAUGCUAUUGACUACCUUCAGGAAAACGUUAGUAAAGAGCAUGUGUUGCCUGUUCUAUCGGUCAUCGGAACAGUGGCAUUCAUCUGUAUAGCUGCUUACUCUAUGUCUUAUCUCAUGAAGCUGGAGGAAAAACGUGUUAAGGAGUCUUAUGGUAGCUCUGGGUUUGGAGGAAAAAACAUUAAUGGGUAUCAGCCUCAACUGAAAAUUCAUGAAAUGAGAGCAGAAACUUAUAAUGGGCUUGUACGACUUCUCAGGCCUGGCUGCCGGACAAUACUUCUCAUCGUUGAUAACCAAUCCAUUGCAAAACUUCUUCCUAGUUUUCAUAAAUAUGUCUGGCCAUAUAGAAAAAAUAAAACGCUGAUGUUUGCUACGCUGAAUUUAGAUAAACGUGGACGAUCCUGGUACACAGAAAUACUCUCUCAAAGCUUACUUGAGCCGAGAGAACUUACUAUAAACCCUAAAAAUUGUGUUGGCACUGUUCUCUCUCUCAAUGGCCUUAGGAAGUAUUUUUGCAUGUACCAUGCAAAGCAUCCAGAAGGCGCUUCGAAGAAAGCCAAUGCGAGGAUGAAAAGGAUAAUGAAUAGGCAAUCGGGAUCCUCUGCUUCUUUCAUUGGUUUUGAAGACACCACUUCUGAAAGUGAUCUGUCUGAUAUUGAGCAGGGUCAUCGCCAGGAAAAUGGUAAAACGGAUGAGGUUAUAUAUGUGGAACAUCUUCUCGAUGGACUGCCGAACUGGCUGGAUAGACUGUUUGAAGGGAUGACUCAUCGAUAUUUUCUCAACUAUUGGCCUGACUUUGGAUCAAAAUGAAAUCACUUUUACUCUCAAUUACUAACUCUUGUUUUGCCUUAAUCAGUGAUACAUCACAUCAAACAUACAUAUAAUUGGCUGUAAUUAUAUUAAUGAUCGGACUUCCACAAAUUCUGUAGGCUUAGUAAUUUGUGACUAAUUGUAAAAGAGUUAAAGGUUCAGAAAGAAAUUGUUGAAUUGGACCAUCAAUUAGUAAUUUUUAACUAUUGUUCUGAUUACAUAGUAGAAUUAGUUUUAAAACCAAAGUGUAGAGUAUGAAUUGUAGCUAACUUUUAAUCAAAUGAAAUUUUUUUCUAUUUUCUAGAAUCAUUCUCGAUUUGGGGACUGAGAAAUUUCAAAUUGUAAUUGUUAAGAUUUAUUUUAUUUUUGUAAUAUUGCCUUAAAUUAUUAAAACUGCUUUUUAAUGAGAGUUAUUGCUAGUAUGAUUGGUAAUUUUUCAAUCUUCUUUUUUUUCUUAUCUGUCUUAUCUCAUUUCUUCCUUGAAAGGAGGAUCUGAAAAGACAUUUUCUGCGGUGCUAUAACCUUAUAAAAUUAUUAGUGAUCAUUAGUUACUAGUUGACUUUUAUGAUGUAUUUAUAUAAAGAAGUCUCCUCAUUUGAAUAGUAUGUUAGCACCUUCCUGCUUAUAACUGAACAGGUUUUGAAUAAUAGAAACGAUAAUUGAAAAUUUAAG